GCACUUGCCACUAAGCAACGCCACUGAUUGUUAUUAUAUUCCGAGUAUUCACCAUGAUCCAGUUAUUCUUGAAGUGACCUACAUCUGACGAGAUGGGCUCGUGCACCGGCAUCCCUCCUUUAUAUCUGACGCCAUAGCAACAUAACGCCGAAGGAUACACGCUUUCUUCAGUACCACAAGGACACCGAGGUUCUAUCGGAUUUAUUGUCUAACCAGGGCAGUUUAUUACAUGCAUUCGUCAAUUCGUCUUUCUUUAAACCGAGACUGUUAUUUAGUGCGUCCAUGCCAACAUUCUUGUUCAAGUUUGGAAAUCCGAUCCAAGAGAGCAGAGACACCAUGAGCAGCUGAUACACUGCAGCUAAAAAUAAUAUUCCCUGUGAAUUACUGUCCCUAACUCCAGGCAACGGGCAUGAAAACUUGCUAAAGACGGGACAUCGCUCCGGCUCCUUUAGCCCGAUCAAUAGAAAUGGGCUUGUCUUUCUGCGGAAACGACAGGGGUAGCAACGCCUACAGUGUGGACAAUGGAGUUUUGGACAAUGGCUGCUUCGUGGACGCACUUAACCUCGUCCCACAUGUGUUUCUCCUCUUUAUCACGUUCCCUAUUCUUUUUAUUGGCUGGGGAAGCCAGAGUUCAAAGGUGCAGAUCCACCAUAACACCUGGCUGCACUUUCCCGGGCACAACCUCCGCUGGAUCCUUACCUUCACAUUGCUGUUUGUGCAUGUGUGCGAGAUCGCCGAGGGAAUCGUCUCCAACACGCAAAUGGAGUCAAGUCACCUGCAUCUCUUCAUGCCAGCAUUGAUGGGCUUCAUAGCAGCAACUACAUCAGUCGUUUAUUAUCACAAUAUAGAAACCGCCAAUUUCCCCAAACUGCUGCUGGCUUUAUUCAUCUACUGGAUUCUGGCUUUCAUCACCAAGAUGAUAAAGUUGUGGAAAUUCGCGGAGGCGAGUUUGGGGGUGCAGCAUCUUCGUUUCUGUAUCACAGCUCUGCUGGUGAUUCUGUACGGCCUGCUCAUGGCUGUCGAGAUCAACGUCAUCAGAGUCAGGAAGUACGUGUUCUUUGCAAACCCCCAGAGGGUAAAACCACCUGAAGACUUGCAGGACCUCGGCGUCCGAUUCCUCCAGCCCUUUGUUAACCUCCUGUCCAAAGCAACAUACUGGUGGAUGAACCCGCUGAUCAUUGGAGCCCACAAGAGACCCAUUGAGUUGAAGAAGAUUGGCAAGCUGCCUAUCGCAAUGAGGGCCCUGACCAACUAUUUGUCUCUGAAGGACGCCUAUGAGGAACAGAAGCAGAACACAGAUGAUCCAGAGAAAUCCCCUUCCAUCUGGAGGUCCAUGUACCGGGCGUUCGGUCGGCCCAUCCUUCUCAGCAGCACCUUCCGGUUCACGGCUGACCUGCUGGGUUUCGCCGGGCCACUGUGCAUCUCUGGAAUUGUGGAACACCUAAAUAGCACAACAGAAAUUGAUAAGACAAACAAGACAGGGAACAUGAUUUUAGGAGUUUACCACAUGUAUUCCACUGAGCUUCUGCAGAAUACGUCUGUUCUGGCCGUUCUGCUGUUCCUGGCGCUCGUGCUGCAGAGAACAUUCCUACAGGCGUCCUACUACGUCACCAUAGAAACCGGCAUUAACCUGCGUGGGGCGCUGCUGGCCAUGAUUUACAAUAAAAUUUUGCGCCUCUCAACCUCAAACAUGUCCAUGGGGGAGAUGACCCUGGGCCAGAUCAACAACCUGGUUGCCAUAGAGACCAAUCAGCUCAUGUGGUUUCUCUUCUUAUGCCCUAACUUGUGGGCCAUGCCAGUUCAGAUCAUUAUGGGAGUGAUUCUGCUUUAUUAUUUGUUGGGCAAUAGUGCCAUAAUAGGGGCCGGGGUCAUUCUGCUCUUGGCCCCGGUUCAAUACCUCAUCGCCACCAAGCUGGCAGACACACAGAAGAGCACGCUGGACUACUCGACAGACCGUCUUAAAAAGACAACAGAGAUUUUAAAGGGAAUAAAGCUACUGAAGCUCUAUGCGUGGGACAAUAUCUUCUGUGAUAGUGUGGAGGAGACCCGAGAAAAAGAGCUUACCAGUCUCAAGACUUUCGCCCUCUACACUUCAAUGUCCAUAUUUAUGAAUGCAGCCAUCCCCAUUGCUGCAGUGUUAGCGACAUUUGUCACACACGCCUAUAUUGAAGAAGACAGGCUCAGUCCGGCGAAGGCGUUUGCCUCGUUGGCUCUGUUCCAUAUCCUGGUCACUCCACUUUUUCUUCUGUCCACGGUGGUCAGGUUUGCCGUCAAGGCCUUGGUCAGCGUGCAGAAGCUUGGCGAGUUCCUCCAGAGCGACGAGAUUGGAGAUGACAGCUGGAGAAAUGGAGAAAUGUCCAUGCCUCUGGAGUCUGGGAAGAAAUACAAAUACCCCGGAGAUACGAAGGCGAUAAACAGGAAGGGACGGUACCGUAUGGAUAACUACGAGCAGCCCAUGCGCAGGCAGCUGCGGCCCACUGAGACUGAGGACGUUGCUGUACAGAUUAAUGACGGGUACUUCACGUGGGGAAGCAGCUUGUCGACGCUGUCGGAUAUCAACAUCAGAAUCCCUACAGGUCAGCUGACCAUGAUCGUCGGCCAGGUGGGUUGUGGGAAAUCAUCUCUGUUGUUAGCCAUGCUUGGGGAAAUGCAGACCAUCAGCGGAAAAGUCUACUGGAGCAAACUGCCUGAUUGUGAGAUACACCUCGAUGGGAACAUAAGCGGGCACGAUUCAGGCCUGUCUUACGAAGAAAGAAGUAAAAACAGGCACUCUGUGGCCUAUGCAGCCCAAAAAUCAUGGCUGCUCAAUGCCACUGUUGAGGACAAUAUUACAUUUGGAAGUCCUUUCAACAAACAGAGAUAUAAAGCGGUGAUUGAUGCCUGCUCGCUUCAACCUGAUAUUGACCUCCUUCCUUUUGGAGACCAGACCGAAAUCGGAGAACGGGGCAUUAAUCUCAGCGGCGGUCAGAGACAACGCAUCUGUGUGGCCAGAGCACUCUACCAGAACACCAACAUUGUUUUUCUGGAUGAUCCAUUCUCUGCUUUGGACAUCCACCUCAGCGAUCAUCUGAUGCAGGAAGGAAUUCUGACAUUUUUACAGGACAACAAGAGGACCGUGGUUCUGGUCACACACAAGCUGCAGUAUCUCAUCCAUGCCGACUGGAUAAUAGCCAUGAAGGAUGGAUCUGUUCUGAGAGAGGGGACAUUAAAGGACAUUCAGACUCAUGAUGUGGAACUCUAUGAGCAUUGGAAGACCCUAAUGAAUCGACAAGACCAGGAACUAGAGAAGGAGACUGAACUGGAGAGUCAGACCACCCUGGAGAGGAAGACUUUGAGAAGAGCCUUUUAUUCAAGAGAGGCGAAGAACCAGAUUGACGAUGAAGAUGAAGAGGAGGAAGUAGAGGAAGAUGAAGACGACAACAUGUCCACCACCACAAGCCGGCGUUCGAAGAUUCCGUGGAGGGUGUGCUGGCGUUACCUGUCCUCAGGCGGUUUCCUCAUGGUCUUCCUGAUGGUGUCCUCCAAACUGGCCAAGCACUCUGUUAUGGUGGCCAUCGACUACUGGUUAGCAGCCUGGACGUCCUCCAACCAGCGUAACGAAAGUUUAGUCGAUCCAUUUGCCAACUCAGCCAACUCCACACAGAACACAGAGCAUCACUCAUACGUGCCGGUGUUUAUAAUCCUGUGCGGGGCGGCGAUUGCCCUCUGCCUCAUCACUUCCUUAACUGUUGAGUUUCUGGGUGUGGCUGCUGCUACCAACCUCCAUCAUAAUCUGCUCAACAAGAUCAUUCACGCUCCCAUCAGAUUUUUUGAUAUCACCCCGCUGGGACAAAUCCUAAAUCGUUUCUCAGCGGACACCAACAUUAUUGAUCAGCACAUUCCCCCAACGCUGGAGUCUCUCACCCGGUCCACGCUCCUGUGUCUCUCUGCCAUUGGGAUCAUUGCUUUUGUGACCCCCACCUUUCUCAUUGCACUUGUGCCUCUUGCUGUGGCAUUCUACUUCAUUCAGAAGUACUUCAGGGUCGCUUCCAGAGAUCUCCAAGAUCUGGACGACUCCACUCAGCUGCCUCUCCUCUGUCAUUUCUCUGAGACUGCAGAAGGUCUUACCACUAUUAGAGCAUUCAGACAUGAGGCUCGCUUCAAGCAGAGGAUGUUGGAGCUGACCGACACCAACAACACCGCCUACCUCUUUCUCUCUGCUGCCAACCGCUGGCUGGAGGUCAGAACUGAUUAUCUGGGUGCCAUGAUUGUCCUCACGGCUGCAGUGGCGGCCAUCUGGUCCUCAUCUCAAUCGGGUCUGGUUGGACUGGGUCUAACAUACGCCCUCACUGUGACAAACUACCUGAACUGGGUGGUGAGGAAUCUGGCAGACCUUGAGGUCCAGAUGGCGGCUGUAAAGAAGGUCAACAGUUUCCUGAGCACAGAGUCUGAAAACUAUGAGGGAUCCAUGGAUGUCUCGCAGGUACCAGAAGACUGGCCGCAACAUGGUGAGAUAAAAAUCCAAGACCUGUGUGUACGUUACGACCCCGUGCUAAAACCCGUCCUCAAACACGUCAACGCCCACAUCAACCCUGGGCAGAAGGUGGGCAUCUGUGGUAGAACGGGCAGUGGAAAGUCAUCGCUGUCUCUGGCCUUCUUCAAUAUGGUGGAUGUUUUUGAAGGAAAAAUUGUUAUCGAUGGCAUUGACAUCUGCAAACUCCCGCUGCAAACUCUGAGAUCUCGCCUGUCAAUCAUCCUGCAGGAUCCAGUACUGUUUAGCGGCUCUAUCCGGUUAAAUCUCGACCCAGAGCGCACUUGCACCGACGACAGGCUUUGGGAAGCCUUGGAAAUCGCCCAGUUAAAGAAUAUGGUAAAAGCCCUCCCAGGAGGACUGGACGCUGUGGUAACAGAAGGAGGCGAGAACUUUAGCGUGGGGCAGAGACAGCUGUUUUGUCUAGCACGGGCCUUUGUCCGCAAGAGCAGCAUCUUAAUUAUGGAUGAGGCGACAGCUUCUAUAGACAUGGCCACGGAAAACAUUCUUCAGAAGGUUGUGAUGACUGCGUUUGCUGACCGGACGGUUGUCACCAUAGCUCAUCGUGUCCACACUAUCCUGACAGCCGAUCUGGUCAUCGUAAUGAAACGAGGAAGCAUCAUGGAGAACGGGAGACCAGAGAUUCUCAUGGAACAGGAAGACAGCAUGUUCGCGUCCUUUGUCAAAGCGGACAUGUAAAGUCACUCAUCUCCGUCACCAUAACCAGUUCAUCCAUUACCAUGUUUGGCCUUAUACAAACACGGCAGCCUUUUUUUGCCUGUGCGUUGGUACGAACACUAGAGAGGACUGACCUACGGAUGAACUCUUGAACUCUUUUAUAUGAAACCUAAACACAGUAUUGGAACUUUUUUAGCCUUUUGUUACCUUUACACUCUUUUUCUAUUUUUUGACGUGUAGUCAUAAAUGCAUAAGCUGUAAGCAUUUAUCUACUGUUUUGACUAGUACCGACACUGUACAGAGGAUGUCUAUCCUUCUAAGGUCCGACACUCUUCAUAUCUGUCUGUCUGAGGUGCAUUGCUGAUACAUAUGUAGAAAAGGACGAAUCAAGCCGGCUCUCUGAAGUCUGGAGAGAAUUGUGGGCCCUCACAAUGUCCACCAAAUAUACCCAAAUGUGUUAUUAAUAUACACCCUAUAUGCAAAGCGAUUGUAUUUUAUACCUUGUAUUUUAUUCCUCUUAUGCCAUUAAUAAUCUAAAAUCAAUUUAUUGCUUUACUUUGGAUUGUGUGGUGGCUUUUUUGCACAGUCAGUGGCCAUGUUUUUGUAUGAUUUUAUUUUUGUUGAUUUAGAUACUUUUCAUUCAAUGCAUUUGCUCCUACACUCUUAAAAAAACAUGCUUCAAAAGGUUAUUUGAUGCCAUAGAAGAACCUUUUGGUUCCAUAAAGAACCUUUAAUAUCCAAAGAAACUUUCUGUUUUACAAAAGGUUCAUUGUGGCGAAAAAAGGGUUUUCAGAUUAGAAAAAAAUAAAAAAGAGACCUUUGACUGAAUAGUUCUUCUAUGGCAUCGCUGAGAAGAACCUUUUAAGUGUCUUCAUUUUAAAAAUCUAGUCUGGAUAAGUUUCUAUUUUUAAGUCUAAAAUUUCAAGUAAAAGCCGGUUAAAGAUAAUUCCAAACCCUGCGUGAUGCUAUGAAAUUGUGUUAUAGUGUGAUGUCAUGUCUGCAGUCUCCCAACAGCCAAGCGAUAUAUUGUACACAUAACCAGCCUUGUUUCUCUCAUCUUCCUUUAAUGGCGUGCCAGUCUGUACUUAACCAUCUUCUGUUGAACCUUCAGCUUUCUUUAUUCUAACGCUCUGCUUUCUGAAACAGUCACUGUCAAGCAUGAGACUUUGUACAAACAGUACAAUGACGCAUUGAUGUGUUUGCGUUUCACAAAUCUUUGAUGCUUACUGUCACAGACAGUGUUUUUGUGAAUAUCUGCAGUGUGCUGUGAUGGCACUUGAGUGGUGAUAUUCAAGUAACCUGUAAAUACAGCCACGUGCGUAAAACUGCUUCACACACUCGGCUGAUGGGACAGAACAGAAUGUAACGACUGCAAGACAACGCAGAGAUGGAUAUUUGAGUCAGACCUUGUUUCAAAUCAUUUCUUGAGUUGAUUUUUUAAGUUACACAUUAACACAAGCCUACAGGUCUAAAAGGAAAGAUUUUUUUCAGAGAAAAAAAAUCUCGGAGUGCUGUGACACUGUUUAUAAAAACGUCUCUCAGGCAUUCCUGUCGCUCUGUUCUCUGUAAAAAUGCAGGCUUAUUUGAUUCUGUUCUACGGCAAAAAAAAAAAAUUUUCAAUAAAUAAUGCAAUGUAAAAAAAAUUCAAGACAGGUUGAGAAAGAUUUUCUUGAAAAGACUCGAGACUUGACUUGAACAAAGACUUACUGUAUAAAAGUAUCUGAGCAAAGGCGGAAUAUGUUUGUAUUUAAUACAGUUACUGUAUUACUAUUUUUUAGGCAUAUUGCAUGUUGGUCAUGACAGUUUUUAAAUGUACAUAUGUAAUUAAUGUGGCAUUUGUAUUUCACAGUGUGCCUAACUUUUUUACACAUGAGCUGAAAUAAAAUGGCUUUGUGUGUU